AUGGUGUUUGGACAGCAACGCUGGGGCGACGACGACGACGUGCUGCCGCCGCGCACGGAGACCGAGGUCGAUGGCGUCAAGACGAUCGUGUCGUGGAAGUUUGACGACGAGAAGAACAAGGUCAAGGUCACGACCACGAUCAAGAAGGUCCACGAGACGACGCGCGUGAGCAAGCGUGUGCUCGACCGCCAGUCGUGGGGCAAGUUUGGCGAGGCGCUCCAGGAAGGCAGCAACAACAACGUGACGUACACGCCCCCGGAAGCGAUCAUUAUGGAAGACCCGAGCGCGGACAAUGUGCUUCCCGGUGAGGAGAAGGAAAAGGAAAGCAUCUUUGCGGGCGUCGGCAAGCAGUCGAUUGUCGUGUGCCGUCAUUGCGGUAUGGUCGGCGACCAUUGGACGCUCAAGUGCCCGUACAAGGACUCGGCGGCGCCGAUGACCGACAUGUCGGACAUGCCCCGCGACGACGAAGAUACACCUGCGCCGGCUGCGGCCCCGACGCGUGCGCUCAGCUUUGCCCACGCCGCCGGUGGCAAGUACGUGCCGCCGUCGAUGCGUGGCGCGUCGGCGCCCUCGGACGACGUCCGCGCGCCAGUGUCCGACAAGGACAGCGCGACGCUCCGUGUCACCAACAUCUCGCCCGAGACGCGCGAAGACGAUCUCAAGGAACUCUUCCGCGUCUUUGGCCCGCUCGAGCGCGUGUACUUGGCCAAGGACCGCGAGACGUUCCAGUCGCGUGGCUUUGCGUUCGUGUCGUACGUUUACCGCGAGGACGCCCAGAAGGCGAUGGACAAGCUCCAGGGCUACGGCUACGAUCACUUGAUUCUCAAGCUCGAAUGGGCCAAGCCCUCCAACAAGACGCCCGUCGACGAAGGUGCGCAGGGCACGACGUUCCGGUCCGGCUACGGUAAGGCGUUGCCGCAGAACAUUGCGCCGCCCCGCAAGUAA